GGGGACAGGCAGGGGCACGGCUCUGUCUUACGGGAUCAGACAACCUACAGUAAGAAUCCAUAUUCGGAGGACUUUACAGACACAGCAGGAGCAAUGGUCAGAUCUAAUUAUACCUUCUUCUGAGCACUUUUAAUGGAGCCCAAUGAGCAAUGAUGAUGCUGACGAUGACAAGGUGCCUGGCGAGCAUGUGAGUCCUGGCUCGUGCUGGCCAGAUGGCUGAGGUUAAAAUCAUGGUGCAUGAGGAUCCAAAUCUGGGCUCUGGUCCAGAUGAGGACACCUCUGAGUUUUCUGUUUCAGAGAGUGAUUUAGAUUCCGGGAGCGUGCUGUCGGAUGACUCUGUCCUCCCUAUCUAUGAGCGGGAAGAAGCCAGUGGAGGCCCUGCCAACACCUUGUACCAGGCCUGCGCCAAGAACAAUGCGGCAGCCCUCCGCAGAGUUCUGGAUAGGGGUGUUAGAAGUGAUGAAGUCAUGGAACUAGACAUAAAUGGCAGGAAUGGUCUGAUGUUGGCAGUCUCAAAAGGCUUUGUGGAUGUUGUGUAUGGACUGAACCAGUGCCCAUUUCUGGAUAUUAAUCACCAGGAUAAUGAUGGCAACACUGCUCUCAUGAUCGCUGCACAAGCUGGUUUUGAAACCAUCCUCACCUACAUCCUGAACUUCUUCUCUGGGGUGGAGAUGGAGCUCAGGGACAACCGAGGCUUUACCGCACUCCUCAAGGCAGCCAUGCAGGGUAGUGAUGACUGUGUGGCCUCACUGCUCAUGGCUGGGGCUGACAUUAAUGUAGUAGAUGCCACAAGGGGAAAGGAUAUACGAGAAUGGGCUCUGAAAACAGGUCGCUUUGACACAUUACACAGGCUUAGGCGACUGAACAGCAGGCCUCAGGCAGAACAGUUCUGUGAAAAAUUUGUCCCAGAGUGGCCAGAUCUGAAACAGCUAGUGGCCAAGACCACAGCCUCAAAAAGCACAGGACAGAAAGUCGCCCAUCGCCUGAAGUCCACUUUCAGCUUCAGUUUUCCACAAGACCCCCAGGACAAUAGCAUCAUGGACCAUAUGGUGCGAAUUACCACCAGCAUUCACAGUCCCUUGGUGGUCACUGGAUGUCGUCCUCUGUGUCCCACAAGCCCACCAGAGAUUGGCAAGAGACGCCUGGCUGUGCCUGAACUGAUGCAGAUGUACUCAGACAAAAACCUGGAGAAGCAUGUGACACGGCACAGUAACGGCUCCAUCUCUGUUUCAGGAACCUCUGUCUCUUCUGUCUCGCUGGCCUCCUGCUGCUCUGACUCGGAGCGGAGAGGCAGCGUGCUCUCAAUGGCUUCUAAUGGCGUCCGCAAGUUUGUCCCGUGCAGCAUGGCUCAUCGCAAUAGUGUGUUCCCUGCUGGCUGCAUCCCCCAAAUCAAAGUGACCAAAUCUGGAGAGCCAACACCCAAGAAGGAGAAGAAGAAGAAGAAAUCCAAAUAUCAUUUAGAGCCACCGAUAUGGAAGUACAAGGAGGCUAAAGUGGAGAGGGGGAAAAAGGAAAAGGAAAAAGCAGAACAAGAGAAGACUAAAAAGGAAACUAAAAAGAAGGUUAAAAAAUGAAAGAAAAAAUAGCUGCCAACAGAUAAUUGCCAUGAUGUCACAGCUCUCAAAUGCUCCUAGGAGGUUAAAGGGAAAAGACAAUGGACAAUGUUUCAGUGGAUAUGGAUAGAUAUUGUCCUCAAUAUUUUUCUUUUAACUUAGUGUAUAUAUCAUUCCACAUAAUUAAUGACAGAACUAAAGGCUCUAGACAUUUUAUUAAUAUGUAUAUAAUCUGAUUAAUACUGCAACAACCACUAGCUCUAUAUGUUUUACAAAUGUAUUCACUGUUUUACAUCCAUUUUUAUCCAGCAUAUUCUCUUCUAUUCUUUUUUUUUUUUUCUCUUAAGUUUACUAUGGCAACAUUGUUUAUGUCAAAGGAUGAUUUUACAAUGGAACUUUUUUCUCAGCCUAAAGAUAAUUGUUUCCAUACGGUCCAUACCAGUGUUAUUUUUGUUUGUAUUCAAGUCGAGUCAAGUCAUUUUUAUUUGUAUGGCGCCUUUCACAACACACAUCCUUUCAAAGCAGCUUUACAGAAGAUCAUGCAUUAACAAAAAAUGAAACUGUAAUAUCUAUAAUGUCUUCUAUUCUUGUUGUAAUUUGUUUUUAUUGCACUCCACAGCAGGGUUGCCAACUUUUUGUCACACGAAUACAGGACACUUGAGCCCCUUUGAAUAUAUUGUUGAUUCAAUACGGGACAUUUCGGCAUCUGAUCGGUGUCCUGCUCAAGCAUCUUCCUGCUGAAAUACAGGACAAUAGGCUUCCCGUAUGGGACAUCUUCAUUUCCGUCGAAAUACGGGACAUCCCAGCUAAUAUGGGACAGUUGGCAACCCUACUCCACAAUCUACACUGAACAGAAUUAUAAACGCGACACUUUUGUUUUUGC